UCUGCAAGUUAGACGCCAGUCCUGGUGGCCCGGGAAGCCCAGAUUCGCAUCAGCAGGUGCUGCACCCCACACCAGCAUGUGCUCACUGCCUGUGCCCCGGGAGCCCCUGCGUCGCGUGGCUGUGACCGGGGGCACGCAUGGCAACGAGAUGUCAGGUGUCUACCUGGCCCAGCACUGGCUGCAGUCCCCUGCGGAGCUACAGAGACUCAGCUUCUCCACUGUGCCUGUGCUGGCCAACCCGGCAGCCACAGCAGCCUGCCGCCGCUACGUGGACCAUGACCUCAACCGCACCUUCACCAGCAGCUUCCUCAAUUCCAGGCCCACCCCGGACGACCCAUACGAAGUGACGAGAGCCCGAGAGCUGAACCAGCUGCUGGGGCCCAAGGCCUCAGGCCGGGCCUUUGACUUUGUCCUUGACCUGCACAACACCACGGCCAACAUGGGCACCUGCUUAAUCGCGAAGUCCUCCCACGAAGUCUUUGCCAUGCACCUGUGUCACCACCUGCAGCUGCAGUACCCUGAGCUGUCCUGCCAGGUCUUCCUGUACCAGCGGCCUGGGGAGGAAAGCUACAACCUGGACUCCGUGGCCAAAAAUGGAUUGGCUCUGGAGCUGGGCCCCCAGCCACAGGGUGUGCUGCGGGCUGACAUUUUCUCAAGGAUGAGGACCCUGGUGGCCACAGUUCUGGACUUCAUUGAACUCUUCAACCAGGGUACGGCCUUUCCCGCCUUUGAGAUGGAAGCCUAUAGACCCGUGGGCGUUGUGGACUUCCCUCGCACCGAUGCCGGGAACCUGGCAGGCACUGUGCAUCCUCAGCUGCAGGACCGAGACUUCCAGCCGCUGCAGCCCGGUGCUCCCAUCUUCCAAAUGUUCAGUGGGGAGGACCUGCUCUAUGAGGGGGAGUCCACGGUGUACCCCGUGUUCAUUAACGAGGCUGCCUACUAUGAGAAGGGCAUUGCCUUUGUCCAGACUGAGAAGUUCACAUUCACUGUGCCUGCCAUGCCCGUGCUGAACCCUGCCCCGAGCCCAGCUUCCUAACCCAAGCCGCACCUCCCCAACUUCAGUCUUCCCAUCUGAACGAUGGGUCCUGAGGCACAGCUCUGAGCACAGAGGUCCCUUUUGCCACCUACCAUGUACCAUGUUCCUUGCCAGGCCCCCCAGCCCCUGGCCUCAGUUUCCCAUUCUAUAAAAUGGAAGAUGUCCAGA